UCCUGAGCAGGGUUCCUCCGAGAGCUACCCCACCGUGUCCGGAGGUGUCACCCCACCAGCCUGAGGUCACGGCCUGGGCCUGGCCAGGGCCCUGCCCACUGUGGGACGCAAGCCCCAGAAUGACUGACUGCAGGUGGGAGCAGGGGCCACUGCCCCCGGGGCCUGAGCCUGCAGAGGCAGUGGCUGGAGCCGGUGGGGAGGCCGUGCAGCCCCGGCCCCGGCCCCUGGGUCAGCACUGGCCACAGGCAGCUUUCUGACCUGCCUGCCUUUGGAGGACACUGGCUCCUUCCAGGCUGACGCCCAGUGCACGUUCCCUCUUUGCUGAGCCCCGUCCACGCCCCAUCCUGUGUCAGCCACUCCCUGUGGGCCUCACUCCCCACCGUGUCUGGCAGGCCUGGCCCUCAAUGGGCACCCAGCAGCCGUGCAGGACCAGGGGAUGUCCCUAGAGGGCCCCAUGCCCCUCCAACCUCCGCCUCUGCUGGACGUGCCCCCACACGCCUGCCGUGGCCCCCGAGGGGAUGCACCCAGCUGCCUGCCACACCUGCCGGGGCUGAGCCACCCCACCUCCCUCUGUGUGCCGGGCCUCUCCUGGCCCCUGAGGGGACGUGCCCAGCUGCCUGCCACACCUGCCGGGGCUGAGCCACCCCACCUCCCUCUGUGUGCCGGGCCUCUCCUGUCUCCUGUCCCCUGUCCCCUGAGGGGACGUGCCCAGCUGCCUGCCACACCUGCCAGGGCUGAGCCACCCCCACCUCCCUCCAUGUGCAGGGCCACUCUUGUCUCCUGUCCCCCAAGGGGACGUGCCCAGCUGCCUGCCACACCUGCCGGGGCUGAGCCACCCCACCUCCCUCUGUGUGCCGGGCCUCUCCUGGCCCCAGGAAGCUCGGCCAUGCGCUGGGGAGGGGAGGGAAUGAGAAGCCGUUCCUGCAGCUGGGAUGGAGAAGGCCUUUCUUUGAGUUGCCUUCAGAGUCCACCGUGAGGUCAGCGGAUUCCCCCGUAGUGGGUGGGGUCCCAGGGGUCCCAGCUAGAGCAGGGACGCAGCCAGCACAUCCCCCACCGCUGCCACGCAGCCGCAGGCACUGCAAGUGAAGCCCACGCCCUCCCAGCAGGCUCUGGCCACCCGGGCAGCACCAAGUCCACCGGGAAGCUGGAGCCCGCGCAGCAGGGAGCCACGGCCAGCCGAGGGGCAGCAGCUGGACACAGCAGCCUGGCCCAGGGUUGGGAUGAGCCCACAGAGUAAGGCACAGGCCAGCAGGAGGAUGCAGACAAGAGGCCGGCGGCGAGCUGGAGGAAGGGUGGGGUGUCCCCCCUCCUGGAACCUGAGGAAUCCCUGGACCACUGCCCACCCUCCACUCCCUCCAGGCUAAGGGGAGGGCUCUGGGGGCUCCGGGCAGGGGUCUGCAGCCCCCAGCCUUGGUGUCCUCGCCUGCAGGGUGAGGGACGCAGCUGUGCCAAGGGCCAUGGCACCCCCAGGAGGUGGGGACGCGGCGCUUCCUUCCUGUCACUGUCCACGGUGGGCGGGCCAGCAUCCGGCCUCUGGUGGACAAGACCCCCCGUCCACAGGCCCUCCAAAACGGGGGCUGCCAGGUUCAGGGGUUGGAGCCCUGUCCCGAGCAGCUGUCCGGCCAGGGCCCGAGGGCCCUUCGUGAGCCAAGCAGGCUGCCACCUCGUGCAUCCAUGGUGCUGUGCCCCAGCUGUUGGCCCCGCAGGCCCACGUCAGCAUUUUGGCCAGGCUGUGGGGCUGGACACUGGGCACCCCCAGCCCUGCGCUCUGAAUGUGGUUCUGUGGUGCUGGCCCUGCCCAGGGUGGGGCCACACUGGGGCGCCCGGCCGGGGAGGGGGGCGGGGGGGCAGGGAAGUCCCUCCCCUAGUCUCACUUCCUGCGCUCACGCCCAGAGGCCUCCAUGGUGGAGCAACAGCCACGGGCUGGGGCAGGCUGUCCACACGCCCCCUCUGCCAUAGUGCACACGCGCCUGACACGCCUGCCUGGCCGCAUCCCAGCACCCACAGAAUGGCCACAGAAGGCCAGCCGCCACCCUGGGUCCAUGUGUGUCUGACGUCUGGGCAAGGGGACACACAGGAGUGCGUGUGCUCCCUCGGGGACUGGGAUGCAUGCCCGGGUCACAGACAGUGGCACACGCAUGACCCUCAGGGUGCAGCUGCCCGGGGCUGGCCCCAGCACUGCGCAGCCGCCAGCUCCCUGGGGCUGGGGAGCAGGUGCCUGCCGUGCCUGGGGUCUCCUGGGGCUGACGUGGGAGCGUCACCUGGGCACGGCCCGGGCCCCUCCUCUCUGUGGCUGCCUGGCAGGUGUCACUGAAGCGGCGGGCCCGGCGGGGCGGGCAGUCAUGCGCUGCCUGCUGGGCCAGGCGUGGGGAUGAGCGGGGACCCCAGGGCCCCUGCCUGCACCUGUCUGCAUGGGCUGACCUCACCCCUGUCUGCGCCUGUCUGCAUGGGCUGACCUCACACCUGCCUGCGCCUUGCUGGGGAGCAGCCUUCCCUCCCGCUCGGGUGAGUGCGGCAGGUGCGGGGGGGCGGAGGCCACCAGCCCCAGCACAGGGCAGCCCCUCUGAGCGUCCGCUCCGCCCCUGCCCUGGGGCCGCUGACCUCCCUGCCUCCCCCUGGCCCUGGAGUGGGGGGGGGGGCGGAAGACGAGGCCCCAGGCGUGAAGCUUGGGUCUGCAUGGAGGCCCGGCUGCCCAGGGCCGUCACCUGGGGCCAGGUCUUAGGGACACAGCUGGAGGCUAUGGCCCAGGUGGGGGCAGAGGAGUGCCCCCCAGCCCCCCAGGCAUGGGGUGAAGCUGCGGUUGUGCUAAGGAGCCCCAGGGAGCACAGGAGACUCCACAGCCCAGGUGCCCUGAGCACAGACCUGUGACCGCCUGGAGCCGGGCUGCCCCCCACGCCCCGUGCCUCUGGCAGGGACACAGCUGCAGCCCGAGCUCAGGGCCAGCGCCCUGCCAGCCCCGAGCCCCCUCAUUCCCGGCCUCUUCCCCAGCCGGUCCUGGACCUGCCGUCCCAGAUGUCUCAGCCAGGCCCAGCGCACCGCACGCCCAUGGGCACCAGAGCUGGUGCCCUGGCGUGCCUGGGCCUGGCCCUCCUCCUGUGCCUGGCUGCCCACUGCUCUCCGCCCUGGGCUAAGAGUGUCCCCCAGGGGGAGCCGGACGCUGGCGGGGACAGCCUGGGGGCGGGGGCCAACGCGUCCGUCCUGCAGGGCUUCUGCGGCCAGCCCGCCUGCCAGCUGCCCCGGGACCAGCUCUCGGCCCUCAUCAGGAGCCUGGCCUCACAGCAGGUGCCCCUCAAGGCCUGGCAGCUCAGCUGCUUGGCCAACCUCGCGGCCCGGCACCGCCUGCAGGAUGACUUCCUGCUGCACCCGCCCGACCUCCUGCUCUUCUACAACCUGAGCCAGGUGAGGGUCACCGACUGCCGGGCCUUCACCGGCCACGCCGCCCAGGGGCACACGGAGCUGCUGGCCAACCUGCCCGACCAGAGGGCCGCCCUGCAGCACAUGGCCUUGGCCUGCCUGGGGGGGCCGCCCCCGCGGCUCAGCGCCGCGGACCUGGAGCUCCUCGGAGCCCUCGUGUGCGACAUGGACGCAGCCAGCAUCCUGGCCGCAGACCCCCGCGUGCUGCAGAACCUGCGACGCUGCCCCCAGCUGACCACGGCCCAGGGGGCCGCCCUCAACGGCCUGCUGGCCAGCGGGAGGACCUACCUUGGGUGGGUGGGGUCGCUGGUGGCCACAGCCCCCCGCCCUCAGCCUCACUCUGCCCCUGCAGCAGUGGGGCACGGGGAUGGGGGUGGUGGCUGGGCACCCCAGCACGGGUGCCAGUGGCCGGUGCUGCUCCCGCGACCCCUCGGGGGGGCCUGCGAUGCUGCCCUGGACCCCGACACAGCCCCGAUUCCUCGUCCCAGGCCCCCUGAAACCUGGAACCUAGAGGGGCUGCGGGCACUGGGACCCCUGGCCUUGCACAUCAGCCCCUGCCUGUGGGCGCAGGUGCCAAAGGCCGUGGGCCUGGGCUUCUUCCGCAGCGUGGUGGCCGCGAGCCGGGCGGGGCGGCUCAGCCAGCGAGAGGCCAGGCGCUUCGCCACCAGCUUCCUGCAGUCCAGGGCCACCUCCGGGCUCGCGAGGCCCAGGCGCGGCACAGGCCGGCCCUGCGUGCCCGGCAACCUCACGGCCGCGGCGCUGAGGGACGACCUCCUGCUGGUGCGCUACAACUGCGCCCAGCUCCAGUCCUGCCUGGACGGCCAGGUGCUCAGGGCCGGCCUGGACGCCCUGCUGCAGCAGCCCCUGCCCGCCGAGUGCCAGCACGUCGUCAAGGCCAAGCUCGCCCAGAUCUACCCCGGGGGCGUGCCCGAGGACCAGCUGCCCCGCAUCACCUCGCUGGUCUACCUCUACUCCCUCGCCGAGAUCAGCCAGUGGAACAUCACGUCCAGAGACACCGUCCAGACCCUGCUGGCCCCUGACGUGGCCCUGGAGAACCAGACAGAGGCCGUCCUGCAGAAGUUCCUGGACCACAAUGGCACGGUCACGGGCGCCCUGCUUGUGGCCAUCGGGGGCUGCCGCCUGUGCAGGAUGAGUGCCCGGCAGAUCCAGGCCAUCGGGCCCGCAGAGUUCCGGCUGGCCGGGGCGCUGGACGUCUCCUGCUGCGCGCAGAACCAGAAAAACGCGCUCUUUGCCAAGGCGCGCGAGGCCUUCGGCAGCACCAGGACGGCCGCGGCCUACUACCACUUCAUCCGCCCCUACCUGGGCGGCGCCCCCGUGGAGGAGCUGCAGCGCCUGGCGCAGGCCAACGUCUCCAUGGACAUCGACACCUUCGCCAGCCUGAACCCCAGCGUGCUGCAGAGCCUCAGCGUCAGCAGCGUCGCCACCCUGCUGGGCCAGAACCUGGGCGACCUGCAGAAGGCCCGCAGCCACCCGGCCAUCCGCAGCUGGCUGCGCGGCCUCAACACGUCGGCGCUGAGCCAGCUGGGCCUCCACGCCGACCCCACCGGCCCCGCGGCCCCCGCGGCCCCGACGCAGGGGCGCCCCCACACCAGCGCCCUGGCGCCACGGCCGGCGCACUUCUCGGGCCGGCCGGACAGCGCCGCAGCGCCUGCCUCGGGCAGCCCGCCCGCCCGGCCAUGCCCGCUGCUCGCCGCUGCGCUGCCCUGCGGCCUCCUGUGGCUGCUGCUCUCGGCCCCUCCCAGCGAGGGGGCUGGCUCGCGGGGCCGGGCGCCCAGGCCUCACACGCAAGGACGGCGGGGCCUCUGGCUGCGCUGGGUGCCCCGCACCCCCAUCUCCCGGGGGCCCCGGGGGCCUGAGCCCAUGCAGCCAGGAGGCGGGGGAGGGCGUGCGGUGGGCUAGGGGCGGGGGGCGCCUUGUGGCUGGCUUCUCCGUGCAGCUGAAUAAAACCAAGGCUGUCA